AAACCUGAAGUUUCCUCGUAAUUCCCUACUAUUUCAUCAUGUUUUCUGCGUUCUACAUCCAAACAACUUCGUAUUCACGCAAUCCUCAAUUCCCCCAAACGUAAUUUCUAGCUGAAGAAGAACCAACCAAACUUCUCCUCAAUCUCCACAAAACUUUCCCAACAUCAUAUCAUAUACUAUACAAAGACCAAAACUUUUCCACAAAUUAAAUUUCAUCCUGCCCACACACAAUUUUCUUGAAAAAUGUCUGGCAUGCUCCCUGGUGUUGAGUGUGCAAGGAGGAGGAGACUUCAUCAGAGCAAUAGGGUGUUGUUGGAUUCACCCUCUUCUCCAUCUGCCUAUUUCUCAAGCACAAGAAAAUCCUUCUUUUGUUUGUACACUAGCAACAACUCAUCCCCUUCCAUGGGGAGUGGUUUAACACAGGCCUACCAUGAUGAGAUGAUGGGUGAGGUUGCCAGAGAAGCCAAGCAGAGAUUGGAUGAGAAGCUUAGAGCUAGAUGGAAACCAGAUCACAAGAGGAAUGGGAAAAGGCCAGAAAUGGGUAUUUUGCAGAGGGUGGAUUUGGGGCUGAAGAAUACUGGCCUCAAUAAGUUGUGUUGCGCCAGAAAUUCUGGGUUUGAAGGCUUGGGCAACCUCGAGAAAUAGUCAUUAGUCAUGACAAUAUAAUUUAGACGGAUUAGAUUUUAAUUCGAUCGAGUUGCGAUGUUUUUGUUGUAUUGCUAUUUGUUAAUGAACAAAAAGUGAAAUUGCAAUGACUUUUUAUAUAAUUUUUGGUACUAUAAGAAUUGUAUUAUGUGUUU